AUGGAUGUCACAGGACUAUUUGGUGGCUCUUUCCAUCAUGAUGGUCCUUUCGAUGCAUGUACCCCGCAAAGAAAUAAGAAUAAUAAAGUAGCCCCUGUACUAGCUUUCCCAGCGGAUGGCCCAAACAACACUGUAGGCGGUAGCACAAGUAAGAAGUCCACAUUAGACGAGGUAUUUGGUAGAGAAACACUAGACGAUGAUCCCGAUACGCUGAAUAAAAUGCAGGAUAGAGCAUAUCUAUUCAAUAAGGCCAACUCCAGCACUUCAACUUUGGAUGCGAUUAAACCAAACUCAAAAAAUAUUACGCAAUUUGACUCCAAAAUGAAAACCGAACUUGUUCAUGGACCGACUACAAUGGGCUUAGGUUCAACGACGUUUUUGGAUGGGGCACCAGCAUCUUCCGCAGCCAUAAAGCAAGAUGUUAUUAACCACGCACAAGAAUCCCGUAGGAAAAAUAGCAUAUCAAGGAAAAAAUCUCUUCCCUCGAGAAGACAUCUACAGGUGAACAAUAACAAUUUAAAGCUUGUUAAAACACACAGCGGCCACUUGGAGCAAAAGGGCCUAAGCGGCAGUACUACAACUUCUGCUACAACCGCCUCCGAUCACGUAAGCGGCCACGUCGAUAUUGCCAAAAAGGAAAAUACUGGGAACAAGCUACUUAGAAGGGUGAAAAGCUUGAAAACUAAGAAGGGCUGA